GUUAUAACCACCUCACUUCAUCUCAUAUCUCAUUUCAUCUCUCACAAACACAAUUCACAACCACCUUACCCGAUGAAUUUCCUCAGGUACUGCCACGUCAUCACCACCAUCUUCCUUCUAUCAGUACCCAACAUUACCGCUCAAUUGGCGGCUCCGCCAGCUCACCGACCAGUAGUCACCCAAAACAACGACGGAAACCCUUCGAUUGCGAUUGUUCUCGUCGUUCUCAUCUUCGCAUUCUUCAUGACUGGCUUCUGCGCCGUCUACAUUCGCCACUGCAAUGAAAGCUACGUCGUUCAGGGAGCUGCCGCUGCCAACGCCGCCACUGCUCCACGUGGCGUCGAUCCGGAGGUGCUCUCCACGUUCCCAAUUAUGGUUUAUUCCACCGUGAAGCACCUCAAAACGGGUCACAGUGCGUCGCUUCAGUGCGCUGUGUGCUUGAGCGAGUUCAAGGACAUGGACAAGCUCAGACUUUUGCCCAAGUGCAGUCACGUGUUUCACCCCGAAUGCAUCGACGCGUGGCUCGCCUCGCACGUGACUUGUCCUGUCUGCAGGGCCAAGAUGAAGUCGGAAAACAUGGAGUUCAAGGUUGAGAUUCAGGAGUUAGAGGGAAGUGCCAACCAUGUGUUCGAUGAAAUGUCUGGAAGAAUAGGUGAGGUUUCUUGUGAUGGGAACGAAGGUGGGGUUGGUGAGGGAGUUGAUGGGGUUGUUGGGAAGUGUAAUGGGACCUCAAAGGUGAGAGCUUUUGGGUUGUUGCUGAGGUCGCACUCUACGGGUCACUCUCUUGUGGAACCAGGGAAGAGCUUAGAGAGGUUUACUUUGAGGUUGCCUGAGGAAUUGAGGAAGCAGAUUCUGGAAGCCAAUGAUAAGUGUAGUGGCGGUAGUGGUGGGAUGAAGCGUUCGGCAAGCUACGACGUCGUUUUGCAGAGUGAAGUUGGUGAAGGUAGUAGUAGUAAUAAGGGGAGUAAGAAUGGUAGGUGGGUGCUGUCUAUGACACCUCCGUUUGUUUCUCGCGAUUGGGGUCAUUUUAGUACUUCUGGUUUGGUACCGCCAAAUGAGUGCUCAACAUGCUCUGGGAUUCCUAGGCUUUGGGGUUCUUCAGCGGCAAGGGAAGAGAAAGGAUGUGAAGGGAGAGAGGGUUUGCAACUGGUAUGAUGAAAAUUCGAACUUUUUUUGGGAUGAGUUUCUUAAUCAACUUGAUCCAUUUGUUGAAAGGGUGGAAGUGGAACAAUAACAAAAUUGGAUUUUCUAGUCCAUCAGAAAGGUACUUCCUACCACCGGAUAAAGAUCUGCAAAGAGCUCCUUUGUUGAUUUCAGCACCAAGGACAAGCUGGAUGCCAUGAGAGAAUAACCAAUUCCCAAUUACUGGCUUUCUCAGCUGUUUAUAAACUCACAAUACGCCUUGUUACUUCGUAAGUUGUAACAAGCUUCACUAGCUCUAGCCUCUAGUUGUAUAUCUUAAUUCAUUGUAUAUUUAUCAUGUAUAUAAAAAUUUUCUGGCAUUUAUUGUUGAAGUGUGGUUAUGCGUGCAGAUUUAGAUCAACAAUAAGAGAAGUGAUAUUUUGAGAUUUCCUAAACCCAUGUAGAAUGUAAUUUGAGUCUCAGCUGUUCCACUGUUACAUGUUUUGUGAAUCCAAAUUGGAGUCCUAAUUGUAAUUGUUUGAAUGCCAUUGACAAUUAGGGUAAAUUAAUUGA